AUGGUCUGGUGCCAAGGCCUUUGUGGAGGGGUUCCUUUGGGUCCUAAGAACCCAACCAUUUCAUCAUAUGGAGCUAUGGUUAUCAGUCCCCAGACCACUGUGCUCUUAAAGGCAGUGACUUAUGAUGAUGUGCAUAUCAACUUCACUGAGGAAGAGUGGAAUUUGCUGGAUCCUUCCCAGAAGAAUCUCUACAAAGAUGUGAUGCUGGAGACCUACAGGAACCUCACUACUAUAGGAUACAUUUGGGAGGAACAUAAUAGUAAAGAACAUUGUCAAUGUUCUAGAAGACAUGAAAGUGCUCUUCAACGGCAUAAAAGAUCACAUAUUGGAGAAAAACCCUAUGAAUGUAAUCAGUGUGGUAAGGCCUUUGCUGAAAACAGCAAUCUUAAAUUGCAUAAAAGAACACACACUGGAGAGAAACCCUAUGAAUGUAAUCUGUGUGGUAAGUCAUUUGCUCAACACAUUAAUCUUCAAAGCCAUAAAAGAUCCCAUACUGGAGAGAAACCUUAUGAAUGUCAUCAGUGUGGUAAGGCCUUUGCACAUCACAGCAAUUUUCAAAUGCAUAAAAGAACACACACUGGAGAGAAACCCUAUGAAUGUAAUCAGUGUGGUAAGGCUUUUGCAGAACACAGCAAUCUUAAAUUGCAUAAAAGAACACACACUGGAGAGAAACCCUAUGAAUGUAAUCUGUGUGGUAAGUCAUUUGCUCAACACAUUAAUCUUCAAAGCCAUAAAAGAUCCCAUACUGGAGAGAAACCUUAUGAAUGUCAUCAGUGUGGUAAGGCCUUUGCACAUCACAGCAAUUUUCAAACGCAUAAAAGAACACACACUGGAGAGAAACCCUAUGAAUGUAAUCAGUGUGGUAAGGCCUUUGCACAUCAUAGUCAACUUCAAAGGCAUAAAAGGACACAUACUGGAGAGAAACCCUAUGAAUGUAAUCAGUGUGGUAAGGCCUUUGCACAUCACAGUCAUCUGCAAUUGCAUAAAAGAACACAUACUGGAGAGAAACCCUAUGAAUGCAAUCAGUGUGGUAUGGCCUUUGUUCAACACAGUGCUCUUCAAAGGCAUCAAAGAACACACACGGUUGCAAAACAGUAUGCGUGA